AACCUUGACUCAACUGAUAUCUUCUGACGCCCUCACCACGCGAUCAACAGCAUCAAUGAUGUUACGCCAGGUGUUUCGCCUGUAGAAUUGGCUUCCCCCAUAGGCUUGUCUCCAUCCAACAAUUUCACGGAGCAUCAAUCAUGGAACAGCGGCUUUGUCUCGAGUCAUAUUCCUCCUCCAACGGUCAACACACAGAUGGCAUCGUUUGUUGAAGCCUACCUUGUCCGUCUUCAGGCGGUACACAGUCAACAGCUGACCGUUAACGAGGCAAUCUUGAUUCUCAGACAGUUAGCUAAUCCUUUUUUGCAUUACAAUGCACAUUUCGGACACUUCGUAUCUCCUUCUGUGCCAUUUGUCGCUCCUGUCGAAGUUUCUCCCAUGUCUUUGGACGUUGUGGACAUGGGUCCAGGAACCAGCGCAGGUAUUUCCAUGGAAGCAUCGGUUGUAUCUGACACCAAAAGCGCUUUCGGGAUGUAUGACAUGAAUUCUCUUCGUCGUAUCUUUAUAGAUGAAGACCGCCUCAAGGUGGAGUGUUUGUGGCCCAAGUGUGGGAGGAUAUUGAUGAAAGACAAUCACCCCCGUCAUGUACGGGAGUGUCAUCUGCGUACCAGGAGAGGGGUCGUGCGCACAAAUAAUGGCUUUCACCAGCCUACCGGCUGAUGCAAGGAGGUUUUCUGAAGGAUAUCGUGUAGAACGUAGCAGCAUAAAAGGAUGUCGUACGAUACGACAUAGAGGAUCUGGACCAAAAGACUAUACAUAGAAUUUUCUGUGCUG